AUGGGAGCCUUCUUUAUUCAGUUGAUCACUAAUAUGAUAAGAUUUACAACAAGUCGACUCGCUCCAAAUUUUGUGGCUGCAUGUCAACCAAAUGUGUGUUAUCUGCAAGCGAGAUUCAGCCGUUCAGAAAUUUCUUGGACUGCCAUUCUUAUUAUUCAGUUUAUAUUAUUAAACCUAGCUUGCUACGUUGCAUUCGCUGAUUUUAGCGAUUAUAAACACCAUUUAAGCGACAUAAUUGCCGGCGUAAUCAUCGGUGCCAUCGUUGGAUAUUACGUGACAGUUCACAUUGCAAAAAUUUGGCGUUGGCAUGAAAUAUUUGUUGAAGGAAAUGAACAAAAUGAUCGAAAAGACAUCAAAACGAUUCAUAUACGAUCACCUUUUGAUUUGAACAGUAAUUUUGAGCAAAGUAAUGUUGUCGUAAAUUUUCGACAAAGACUUGACACGAUGGUCUUAUAA